GGACGAAAUCUUAUCUCUGGUUUGUUGCUGCAGCCUCUCAUGGACUCUUCGCUGCACUCGUUGCCAUCGGCUCUUAGGCUGCACCGCGCUUCCUUAUCCUGCUCCACCAGCAAGCCCUGGCUCCUCUCCUCCUUUGCCAGGCCAUACAAGACCACGCGGAGGAAAUGGUCUCCUCCUCUCUUUGCUUUCCUGAGACCUUCCCCAGUCCCCCUUCAUGCCGAUCGUUUUGUAGCCUCUGGAAGCCAGUCAAGUGUGGGAAUUAGUUCUGAAACUAAGGAAUGGGCCCUUCAAGAUUUCUAUAGUUUGAGGAAGGAUGUUGAAACUAGUGCAGAACGGGUUGAAGAAGUAAGGGCUUCUGCUGGUUUGGAACGAUUGGAAGGUGAUCUUACUCUCUUGGAGGAAAAGGCUGCAGAUAGUUCUUUGUGGGAUGAUCCACCAAAAGCGCAAAAAUUACUUCUUGCCUUGACUGAUGUCAAAGAUAAAAUGAAGUUGCUUUCGGAUUUCAAAUCCCAGGUGGAAGAAGCUGAAACAAUAGUGAAACUUACUGAGGAGUUAGACUCUAUUGAUGCUGGGCUUCUAGAAGAGGCCUCAAAGAUUAUUCAAGAACUAAACAAAGCUUUGGAUCGAUAUGAGUUAACACAGCUUCUGUCUGGACCUUAUGACAAGGAAGGUGCUGUAGUCACUAUCACUGCAGGUGCUGGGGGAACUGAUGCUCAGGACUGGGCAGACAUGCUACUCAGAAUGUAUGUAAGAUGGGGUGAGCAGCAGCGUUACAAGACAAUGGUGGUAGAGAAAUCUCCAGGAGAAGAAGCUGGAAUUAAAUCAGCUACAAUUGAGAUUGAAGGUCGAUAUGUUUAUGGCUAUUUAUCAGGAGAAAAGGGAACACAUCGUAUUGUUCGACAAUCUCCAUUCAAUUCUAAAGGUCUUCGCCAGACAAGCUUUGCUGGCAUUGAAGUCAUGCCCCUUCUGCCUGAAGAAUCAUUGGAUGUUGAGAUACCUGAAGAGGACCUGGAAAUCAGCUAUUCUAGAGCAGGUGGAAAAGGAGGUCAGAAUGUGAACAAAGUCGAAACAGCAGUGCGUAUUGUUCACAUUCCGACUGGUGUCACAGUGCGUUGCACAGAGGAGAGGUCUCAAUUGGCGAACAAGAUCAAAGCGCUGAGCCGGUUGAAAGCCAAACUUCUUGUGAUAGCAGAAGAGCAACGUGCUUCGGAAAUAAAACAGAUCAGAGGGGAUGCUGUAAAGGCUGAAUGGGGGCAGCAAAUACGAAAUUAUGUCUUCCACCCUUACAAGCUUGUUAAAGACGUGCGAACGGGUCAUGAAACAUCGGACAUUGCCUCUGUAAUGGAUGGAAACUUGGAGUCAUUCAUCAAAGCCUACCUCAAGUACAAGUACGCAACAUCGAUGAGUGAAGAAAGCUUGAAAUGACAUAAAUUCAUCGGUAACCCUUUCUGUACUGUAACUUCAUUGAUGAAUUAUCUGUAGAUUGUAUUGAAAUCCUUAGAGUGUGAUUCCGAUCAUUUUUUUUAAGUUUGUAAUUUUCACUCACAAAACAUGUUUCAUUUGGCUAGUUCAAUUUUCAGGCUUGCUUGAGUUUUUAUAUAUCUAUCCUUGUAAUA